GCAGCGCACGCGCAGCUCGUGCUAGACACGUUUUGGGGUCCCUCUUGUCAACAGUACUGGCAACAAGGAUGUUAUAACUCUUCAGUUCUGAUCAAUGAAUGAAAUGUGCCUUUCAUCUCAAGGAGACAUCAAGGACGCCCUUCAUCGGACGCGCAGUCACCCGUGACGAGAGCAGCAGUUGAUUGAAGCUCCUUGAUUGUGAAGGGCGCGAUCAUGACAGGUGUAACGUUAGGACAGUUCUGUGGAACACCGGCGAAUGACACCAUCCCACUCUGGUCGGAGGGACAUCUGGGACACUGUUUCCAACAGGUUGCUGUUGUGUCAGGAACACACUUCAUCUUUGCUGUGUGCAGCGCCUACUUUGCUGGAAUCAAACAGGGCAGGAUCAUCCAGAACCUGACGCGUUCAGCGGCAGUCAACAUCAGACUGCUCAUCUGUGCCCUGCAGUUCUGUGCACCGCUUCUGCACAUACUCCUGGUAGAACUAUGGCAGCGGGAAAAGCUCCCUCUGGUGGAUGUGGUGACAGGUGCAUUUGUGGCUUUCUCCUGGUUAGUUCACACCUGUGCCGUUUGGCAGUUGAGGAAAAUGCACGUCGUUCACAUGAGAGGACCACUCGUCCUGGCGUUAACCUGGACUCUCACUCUGGUCGCAACCGGUUUCCAGCUGCAGGCGGUCAUCCUCCGGGCUAGCAGAGUGGACCAGACGCUGGACGUCGUAACGGAGAGUAUUACAUUUGCAGUGGCAGGACUGCAGUUUCUUUACCUCGUGACGCUAUUCCCCUCGCACAGACCUAACAUACCACUGCUGUUUGCUCCUCCUCACGUGCAAAGUGUGAAUGAAGAAGAAGAACCUUUGCUACGGACAGGUGCAAAAGUCCGUUAUGAUGGUUCAGUGUCCAGACCAGACACAGUAGAGCUGGACGUUGCUGAAGACAAUUCCAACUGGCUGUCGAAGCUGACUUUCUGGUGGGUCAAUCCCCUUAUGGUGAAAGGAUCCCACAUGCAGCUCAACGCAACAGGAGAUCUUUUUCACCUCCCAAGAAAGUUGACAACAACCCACGUGGAGAAAGUCUUUACAGAGAAAUUCUAUCCUCAUUCCAUUGACAAGUUGGAGCCAUCUGAUGAUGAGUAUCCAGAGGUGAAAGUCAGAAAUGGUGGGAUCGAGGUACAGGAUGUCCUAGAGGAACCGCCCUGCCCUGACGGGGCAAGGAAAAGUCUGGGACAGCCAGUGACUCUGAUGAAAGGUUUACAUGGAGCAUUUGGAAUGCAGUACUACUCCCUGGGGAUCUUAAAACUCCUAGGUGACGGGCUGGGGUUCGCAGGACCCUUGCUGCUAAACUUACUCGUCUCCUUCAUGGAGAACUCAAACGAGCCAAUGCUGCAUGGGUACAUGUACGCACUUGGACUCUUCUCUUCCACUCUGAUUGGUGCAAUAUUGUCCUCCCAGUUUAACUACCAGAUCAACAAGGUCGGCAUCCAGAUCAGGGCUGCCCUGGUCACCACUGUCUACCAUAAGGCCCUAGCUGUCAGUAGCACUUCUCUGUCUGGAUUCACGACCGGAGAAGUUGUGAACUUCAUGAGUACAGACACGGGUCGGAUUGUCAACUUCUGUCCGUCGUUCCACCAGUUCUGGUCCCUGCCAUUUCAGAUUGCCGUGUCACUCUACCUGCUACACCAACAGGUUGGCAUCUCGUUCCUUGCCGGCCUGGCCUUUGCCGUGCUGCUGAUCCCGAUAAACCGCUGGCUCGCCAUCAAGAUCGGGAAACUCAGCAAUGACAUGAUGCUGCAAAAAGAUGCUCGAGUCAAGCUGAUGAAUGAGAUCCUGUAUGGAAUCCGGGUGAUCAAGUUCUAUGCCUGGGAGUCCACCUUCCAGGAGAAGGUUCGUCGUCUGCGUCAGCUGGAGCUGAAGAGUCUGCGGGGCAGGAAAUACCUGGACGCCCUGUGUGUGUACUUCUGGGCCACCACACCUGUCCUCAUCUCCAUCCUCACAUUCACUACAUACUCUGCCCUGGGAAACAAGCUCACUGCUGCUAAGGUCUUCACAAGUGUAGCGUUGUUCAACAUGCUGAUCAGUCCGCUGAACGCCUUCCCCUGGGUCAUCAACGGGCUGAUGGAGGCCUGGGUGUCCGUCAAGCGGCUGCAGGCUUUCCUGCAGCUCAGAGAGAUCGACCUGCUCUCGUACUACAGUACAGAUGAAGGGGAAGCAGACAGUGCAGUGGAAAUCCGUAAUGGCAGUUUUAGCUGGAGUACAGCUGACAUUGCUGUUCCCGCUGCUGCUGGGAGUUCUGCUCCAGACAGCCGACGAGACUCAGGGCUGGAGGACAGCUCAGCAAGCAGCAUUUUCAGCAACUGUGGUACCCAGAAGCUGGAGGGGAUCUCACUGACUGUGCCAAAGGGCCAGCUGGUGGGAGUUGUAGGUGCAGUUGGCAGUGGGAAGAGUUCCCUCCUUGCGGCCAUCACUGCUGAGAUGGAGAGGCAGGACGGCCGGAUCUCUGUGGCUAACUUGGCGGGAGGGUUUGGUCUGGCCGCACAGGAAGCCUGGAUACAGCAGACCACUGUCAGGAACAACAUCCUGUUUGGGAGGGAGAUGGACACCGGCAUGUAUGAGAGGGUGAUCAGGGCAUGUGCACUGGAGGAGGAUCUUAAGAUACUUCCCUCUGGAGACCUGACUGAAGUUGGGGAGAAUGGGGUGACUUUGAGUGGUGGACAGAAGGCACGGAUGGGACUAGCUAGGGCUGUGUAUCAGGGAAAAGACAUCUACCUCUUAGACGACCCACUGGCUGCUGUUGAUGCUCAUGUGGCUGAGCACCUCUUCUCCCAGUGCAUCAUGGGGCUGUUGAAGGAUAAGACCAGAAUCCUUUGCACCCACCACACCCGUUUCCUCCAGGAGGCAGAUCUAGUGGUAGUGAUGGAGGCCGGCAGGAUUGUCAAAACAGGCCCGCCCUCUGAAGUUUUAAACCAUGACAUAAAAAUGCCAUCACUUAAGAAACAAGAAAAAAGACAAGACGACAGCAACAACGAUGGGGAAAAAGUCUCCAGCCAAGAAGAAGACCUUGUCCCUGAGCCUGCUCUGUCCCGUGAACAGUCCCUAGUUCAGGAGGAGGAGAGGGAGGUGGGCUCAGUGGCCUUCCAGGUCUACAGGUCCUACUGGCAGGCUGUGGGCGCCUGUCUGGCUCCAAGCGUGCUGGUAGCUCUCUUCCUUAUGCAAGCUUCCAAGAACCUAAAUGACUGGUGGUUGUCUUAUUGGAUAUCCCACUCCCAUCACAAUAACACUAUCUCAUCAACCCAUCCAGCGCUGGCUAUCAUAUCAUCUGUACCAAGCUCCAUGGCACCCUUGCUGCUGGCCUCAAGCAAUUCAACAACAGACGACGUCACCUUCUACCUGACUGUGUACGGGGCGUUAGCUGGGGCCAACACUGUCUUCACCCUGUUCAGGGCCUUCCUGUUUGCGUAUGGCGGGAUCUGUGCUGCCAGGGUGUUACAUGACCAGCUGCUCAACAGUAUUCUCAAGGCAAAGAUCCAGUUCUUUGACACCACGCCGAUCGGCCGAGUGGUGAACCGGUUCUCGUCGGACAUGUACUCCAUCGACGACUCGCUGCCCUUCAUCAUGAACAUCCUGCUGGCACAGACGUACGGCGUGGCAGGGACCAUCGUGGUGACGUGCUACGGGCUGCCCUGGUUCACUGUGCUACUGCUGCCGCUGGCUGUCAUCUACCACAGGAUACAGAAAUACUACCGCUACACAUCGCGUGAGCUGAAGCGUCUGGACAGUGUUAGUCUGUCUCCCAUCUACGCUCACUUCUCCGAGACACUGACAGGCCUCACCACCAUCAGGGGGCUCAGAGCAGUACACAGAUUUAAACACGAGAACAAGACGCGGCUGGAGUGUAACCAGCGGGCCAGCUUCUCCGGCCAGGUGGCCUCCAGCUGGCUGGGCAUCCGGCUGCAGCUGCUCGGGGUUGCCAUGGUAACAGGCGUGGCCUUCAUCGCUGUGCUGGAGCAUCACUUUCAAACAGUAGAUCCGGGCCUGGUAGGGCUGGCCAUCUCCUACGCCCUGUCAGUGACCAACCUGCUGUCAGGCGUCGUGACCUCCUUCACAGAGACAGAGAAGCAGAUGGUCAGUGUGGAGCGGGCCGUGCAGUAUGUCAAGAACGUACCAUGGGAGCGGGCUGAGGGGGUCUUAGAGGUUAGUAGGAGCUGGCCGAAACACGGAGCUGUGACAUGGCAGGCUGUCAACCUCACAUACAGACAGGGUCUACCUAAGGCCCUGGACAAUGUAACCUUCAGCAUCAACCCUGGAGAGAAGGUUGGCGUGGUGGGCAGAACUGGGGCUGGCAAGUCCAGCCUGCUUCUGUGCCUGUUCAGAAUGGCAGACAUCCAGACAGGCACCAUCAAAAUUGAUGAUGUAGACAUCAGAAUGGUCGAGUUACAAAGAUUGAGAUCCAGGUUAGCUGUGAUUCCCCAGGACCCGUUCCUGUUUGGUGGGACAGUCCGGGAGAACCUGGACCCCAGAGACGUGUACAGUAACACUGACCUGUGGAGCAUUCUGGAAAAAUGUCACCUCAAGCCAGCAGUACAGAAGCUGGGAGGGCUGGAGGCCGAGGUGGGUGAGAAGGGAAAAGUGUUUUCUGCUGGUCAGAGACAGCUGAUGUGCCUGGCAAGGGCCAUUCUCACCAGAGCAAAGGUGCUUUGCAUUGACGAGGCAACUGCUAAUGUGGACCAAGAGACCGACAGACUCAUUCAGCAAACCAUCCGGACGGAGUUUGUUUGUAGCACCGUCAUCACCAUCGCACACAGGACCAACACCAUCAUGGACAGUGAGCGGGUCCUGGUCAUGAGUGCAGGGAGGGUGGUGGAGUUUGCCUCGCCGCAGGAGCUGCUAGCUGAUCCUACAACCAUAUUCUAUGGUCUUGUACACAAAAAUAGAUAACACCUUUGAGUGAGUAACUGUAGGGAUGCAAAAGGAGGAGUCCUUUAAAAGCUGCUAGACAUCAUUUUGUGUCAAAUCAGCAUAAAUGGCCUGUGCGUGUACAAUGUAUGG